AUGUGGGGGAGGGCCAACGGACAAGGUCCUGUGUAUUACUGGUCUGUCAAGGAGCAGGGCAAAGGCGAGCCGACGACGGUGUGGCGGUUCACGCAUAGGCGAGGGAGCGACGCGCAGCAGGAGGUGCGUUAUGGCGACAACCCUCGGGACUUCUGGGAGGGCGACUGGGACGAGGACCGCGAGGGCGACACGGCUGAGGCGACGCCCUUCAGCCGCAACUUUAUAAUGCACGACAAGGGAAUAUGGUCCGGUUGGAAUUGCCGCUACAACCAGAGCAACAACGUGCCCGAAGGUGCUACUGAGUUCACAGACGAGGCCAGGAAGGAGCUCGUCGAUCUCGGACUCUGGGAAGAAUAUGAAACGAAGGUGCGAGUACCAUACAGUUUGCCGUCUCACUAGACGCUUGCCAUUUUCGCGUUCCCUGCUCGACCACGCCAUCCUCCCGCCACGAGUUAUGGCGUUAUCCACACCGAAGCUGCGUCGUUAUCCACGCGGGUCUCCCCCGACGUCCCUUCAUAGUCGCCUCGCCUCGGAGGACGCCUGGCUAGGACAACAUUGUGUGGAGCGCUUUGGUCACGGGCCUCUCCUUUCAAGAUGGCGUAACAGUAUACAGUGUUUUUUGUUUGUUUGAGAAUGUGACUGGAGUGGGUGCCCAAGCGCGGCCGUUGCGCGCCCGCCUCGCGUCACGCACACAGCGCGCAAAUAUCUACUGCACCACGAAGCAUCAAGGUGGCUGCUUCUGGGAACAUUGCAACUCUUGAACAGAAGCCGCAG